UUUAUGAAAGGAUGAGCUUAACAUGACAACAUCCUCUUCUUUCUUUAUAUUUAUUAUUAUUUAUUUAUUUUUGAGUUUGCCAUGAUGAUUAUAUUUUGGAUCACAAAAAGUAAUGACUUCGUAAGAUUUUUACUAUGCUCCGACUACGACCCUCUCCUUCUUCGAUGAACCACAAUCAAAACAACUACAAGCUAAGCCUUAAGAAGAAACUCUAGCCUUUCCACAAGCAAAACCAAACCAAAAAAAUAGUAUUAAGAAAAGAAAAAUAAAAAAGCUCAAGUUUUGGGAAGUAAUGGCGGUUGAGGCUGAGAUUGAUCGCUUGCCAAUUGAUUUGUUAGCUCAUAUCUUCGUUCUCAUAACUUCUUUUACUGAUUUGGCCCAAGCGAGCAGUGUUUGCCGGAAAUGGAGAAAAGGGGUUACGCAGUCUUUGGGUGGGAGACAGAAUCUGAGCUUUGCUGGUUGCAAAAUGGACGAUGUUUCUACUGCUCGUCUUGUCCGCCAUGCUUAUAGCCUCAAAGAGCUUGACAUUUCAAGAAGCCGUUGGGGUUGUCAGAUCUCUGACAAUGGACUAUACCAAAUAUCUUUGGCCAAGUGUGUCAGUAAUUUAACCUCCAUAUCCUUAUGGGGUAUGACAGGGGUCACAGAUAAAGGUGUUGUUUAUUUGAUAUCAAGAGCUAAUUCAUUGCAGCACCUGAAUAUUGGUGGUACAUUUAUCACAGAUGAGUCUCUGUUUGUCAUUGCAGAUAGUUGUCCACACCUAAAGACUAUUGUUCUUUGGAGCUGCCGUCAUGUAACCGAGAAUGGGCUUCUUGGUCUUGUAAAUAAAUGUAGAAAGCUAGAGGUGAUCAAUGUAUGGGGUACCAGAGUCCCUGUAGACUGUUUCAUUGCUUUGCUUACUAUUAAACCUGCUCUUCAGAUCAAAUCUCCAGGACUGCUUUUAAAUGUUGGAAAUGCUCCUAUUCAAGCUGUUGUAUAAGAAGAAGAAGAAGGUAUCCAAUUCUUGUGAUUGCUUUUCACAAUUGUUUGGUGUAUGGUUUUGUGUAUCUUCAUUAAGAACAUUUUUAAAAAAUUAUCAUAUCAGAGUUCAUAUUGAAGCUCUGUCUUUGUAUAGUCCACAUGCAAUUGUGUAUUCUUUUAUGAAUUUAUUAACAAUGCUUGAUGUUAUUAUUGAUA